GGAGGCAUCACCGUCGUCGUCCUCCUAACAUGCUCCAUCUCCUCCUUCUCUCCGACGAAGAACAUUCCACCACCAAUAGCAUGCCCCCUUCCUCCUCCGCCUCUAGAUCCGCCGCCAAUCACAGCUUCUCUUCCUCCUCCUCCUCCUCCUCUCUCCACCUCUGCAAGCACUCUCCUUCCGCGACUCUCGACCUCCUAAUCCUAAUCCUCGUCCUCUUCUCCGGCGCUUUCCUCCUCUCCUCUUACUUCUCCUAUCUAUUCCACUCCUUCUCCCUCCUGUCCUCUCACUUCCCUUCCUUCUCCUCCUUGAUCUUCUCCGACGAUGAAGAUCUAUCUCCGAUCCCUCCGGCUUCAUACUUCUUCGCCUUCGCCGUCUUCUUCGCCGCUUCGAUUGCGUUUCUCGACCUUUGUUGUGGACCCAGAUCGAGGAAGUGUAAGAAUCCCAAGUGUAAAGGUUUGAAGAAAGCGAUGGAGUUUGAUUUGCAAUUGCAGACGGAGGAAUGUGUUAAAUCUGGAGCUACUAAGGAGAUCGAUCGAUUGCCAUGGAAAGGAGGAAGUGAGAGCAAUCCUGAUUACGAGUGUUUGAGGGCUGAGCUUAGAAGGAUGGCUCCGCCUAAUGGCCGUGCUGUUUUACUUUUCCGAUCUAGAUGUGGUUGCCCUGUCGCUAAGCUCCAAGGUUGGGGACCUAAACGAAGCCGCCGUCAUAAAAAAUCGCAAGCGAACUUGGCUCUAAAGGGAGGGGUAGACCAUCGCUGAUCAGGUCGAUAGGAACUCUUCAAUCUAUCAUUAUAGAUGUAUCACAUUCAAUGUUUGCAUAGUUCAUCUUGGAAACUAGAGAAAUCCAGACAGCUUUGUUUGCGGAUUUUUUAAUUUCUUUUACCUUAGAAAUGUCCCAAUAUUACAACUUGAACACUUUAACUUUUUAUUGAACUACCUCACAUACCACGUAAAAAAAGGAAGAAACAUAUUUUUUCACU